CCAGUUUGAUCCUUUCGUGUCUUGGGAUUUAAUGGUUAAAGCUAUGAAAUGGAUCGAUUAAUCCGUCUUUAUUGUUGUUUUUAGUUUAUUCUAGAAUGAUUGUGGAAAGUUUGUUACGUUGCAUUUCAAUUUCUGGGUAAUGACAUAAGUUUGCUGGAGAAAAUAAGUGCAGAAAUUAAGGGUAGUCAGUUUUCUACGUCACUUGGGCAGUUUGUCUUCAUGUAACUUAACAUUGAUUGCGUAAGUUUUUUGAUUUGCUAUGUGAUUUUCGACGUCAGGAAGAAAAAGAAACAGUUCAUCCCAAAAUAGGAUUGGCGUUGGGUUCUUUUCCCCUUUGUUUUCUUGAUCAUCCUCUUUUUGGUAAUAUUUUUUCCUUCGCCAAGUUCUAGGGAUUCUGAAGAAAAAUGGAGCAUUGUAUUCAAACUGGCUGUGGUUCGGUGUCUGUUAUAGUAUAUGGGGAUCAGGAUAAGCCAGCACUUAUCACUUAUCCAGAUUUAGCGCUAAAUUACAUGUCAUGUUUCCAAGGAUUAUUUUUCUGUUCAGAGGCAGCAUCUUUGCUACUUCACAACUUCUGCAUAUAUCAUAUCAGUCCUCCUGGCCAUGAGUUGGGAGCUGCUGCACUUGGUCCUGAUGAUCCUGUGCUUUCUGUUGAAGAUUUAGCAGAUCAAAUAAUUGAAAUUCUGAAUUAUUUCGGGCUGGGUGCAGUGAUGUGUAUGGGGGUAACAGCUGGUGCUUAUAUACUUACUCUAUUUGCUAUGAAAUAUAGGGAUCGAGUUCUUGGCCUAAUACUUGUAUCUCCUUUGUGCAAAUCACCUUCCUGGACCGAAUGGUUAUAUAACAAGGUGAUGUCAAAUUUGCUUUAUUUUUAUGGCAUGUGUGGUUUGCUGAAAGAGUGCUUGCUUAAACGAUAUUUCGGCGAGGAAGUGCGUGGUAAUGAUGAAGUUCCAGAAUCGGAGAUAGUUCAAGCUUGCAGAAAAUUGCUCGAUGAGAGGAAGAGCGCAAAUGUCUUGCGGUUUCUUCAAGCAGUCAACCGGAGACCAGACCUUACGGAAGGAUUGAAGAGACUACAAUGCCGUACACUUAUAUUUGUUGGUGAAAAUUCUCCUUUCCAUGCCGAGUCUCUGCACAUGACAGCGAAACUCGAUCGGAGAUUUAGUGCCUUGGUUGAGGUCCAGGCUUGUGGAUCAAUGGUGACAGAGGAACAGCCACAUGCAAUGCUGAUUCCGAUGGAGUACUUCUUCAUGGGCUAUGGGCUUUGUCGGCCGUGUCAGCUCAGCGAUAGCCCAAGGAGCCCACUCAGCCCGUCUUGCAUCUCGCCGGAGCUCCUUUCUCCGGAAAGCAUGGGGUUGAAGCUGAAGCCUAUAAAGACCCGUGUUUCGCUCGGAGUUUAAGCCUACCAGAGAGAUUUUUGUAAUCUGAAGCUGACUUGUUUUGUGCUUCUUAAUUUUUAUUUUAUUUUGUUAGUAAUUGUUGAAAGGAUAGAGGAGGAGGAUUUGUAGAUAAAAGGGGAUUAAUAAGUCAGAAGAUAUAUAUAUAUAUAUAUACACACACACACACACAAUAGGGUAGAUGUUUGCAUCAUUCAUUCAUUUGGAGCUAGCCAGUCAGCCUCAGUCAAAUGUCUCGUAGUGAUGGAGGAAAAAGGUGUUAGAGGAGCUGUGUCUGUAAAUUCAUGUUGGAUUUUUAUUGAUUUUUUUUGUGAUACAAGUAAUCAAUAACCAAGAACUCCCAAUUUAUGA